CAAAACAUAAGUUAUUUAAGUCUAAUUUAUAAUGAUUUUAAGAAAAAUUUAGGACUUAACACAUUAGUAUUCAAAAAUUCAGUUAUUUAGCAUUGAUCCAUAAUGAUUUUAAAAAUAUUUAGCAUUUGUCAAUGCAUUCUAGUCACAACAGCAAUGUCUCAUACACCUGAAAUUAAUUUCUCGCAAAGUAUUAUAGAUAAUGGACAUCAUAGUAACGUUCUGUAUUCAUUACAAUUUGAUUCAAACUCAAACAGCCUCAAAGACCAUUGUACGCUCUGCUUACAUCAAGUCUUACCGUCCAGUGUUUAUGUUAACAGUGAUCAACUAAAUGAGUUACGAAGACUAAAUCAGUUAUCAGCAUGUGCUUUGGAACAAGUGGAUAUUGAAAAACCUGAGCAUUUAUCAAAAGAAUUAAAUGUCUAUGUUUAUUCAUCAAUAAAUGAUGCAAUAAGUUUGAAUUUGCCAAUACAUUUGAGAUAUCAUUCUGCAAAAGUCGAUGGAGGGUAUGAAAAAAUUAAUAUUCCAAAACCUAGUCUAUUUAUAUACUGUAAUAUUACUACUAAAGAAGAUACUAAAAACUAUUUACUCCCAUGUUCUGCUUGUGAUAUCAAGCAAUGUAAUUGGUCUAAGUAUUCUUAUAAUGAGAUAACACAUUCUCCAAAUGUAUUGAAAAUGCCAGUUGGAAAUCUGCAGCACUAUUAUAUUGUUCUCAUAAUUACUUUAUUGACGACCUGUUUAGGCUGCGUCUAUAUAUCUACAUUAGUUUUAAGAACAUGUAAGAUAUAG